AUGGUUUCUCCUUUUGCACUCAUCUUCAUGACCCAGUGGAUGUUGCUGAUCACCCAGUUGUGUGUUGGCUGGCACUGCACAGACUCAGAGAUCUUAGAUUCAUCUAUUAGAAAUGUGAUACUGAAUCAGUGGAAAAUGGAACUGAGGUGGAUGAGCAGCACGAAUUUCACUGAGGACUGAUGUUCAGUGACAGCAGGAGAUCUUACUGAGACUAUAACAGAACAAGAUAAGAAUAUGAAGUGCAUGUUUGGAAAAAUAGCACCUCUUCUGCACAAGGGGGCAAGCUUUUCUAUUACAGCAGUGAACAUGAAUGGCACAUAUUCAGGCAUAUGCAGAUAUAUUGCUCAAGGCAUGAACGGGUCGGCCAUUGAAAACUUCUCCUGUGUGAUUUAUAACAUUUCCCUCAUGAACUGCACUUGGCAGGCAGGCAGGGAUGCUCCAGGAGAUACCCAAUAUUUUCUCUACUGGCAGAACUCAAGAGAUGACGAUGCGAUGGAAUGUGAGCUUUAUAUUAAAGACAAAAAUGGCAGAAACAUGGGAUGUAGAUUCCAUAAUGUGAGGAUAGAGAUUGAAAAAGCUUACUUCUUGGUGAACGGGUCUAGCAAAGACUCCCUGAUCCAGUUCUAUGAUGAGUACAUUCAACUGUAUAAAAUUGAAAAACUGAUGCCUCCAUCAAAUAUCACUGUCAACUGUGAUGAAACUAAGAAUGAUUGCAUAAUUCAAUGGCAAAGACCUCAAAUAAGUCAUUCUAACAAAGACAAGUGUUUUAAAUAUGAAAUCAACAUAAAGUAUAAGGAAGAGGAAAACAGUCACACAUUUCCAAGAUCCAAUACAAGAAAGAAAUACCUCUUGAAAAUGAGAGCAGCUGGCAGUGCCUGCUUUGUGAGCCCAGCCUGGGGGGAGUGGAGCACACCCGUAGAGUUUGGAAAUGAAGAAAUUAUUUCUUCUUCAGUAUGGAUUUUACUUGUGGUAACGGUCGUGACACUCUUAGUGGCAAUCAUAGCAAUUCUGUUCUGCAAAAGGACUGGCUGCUGGAAAGCAGCAUUUCCACAAAUCCCAGAGCCAAAAAAUACAUUUCAUGGACUGCCUGAUACAAGUCCAAAGCUGAUGGAGAGCAAAAUUCAGUCAAUACCAUCUGAAAAUGAAGAGAUAACACUAGUUGCUGACGUAGUGAAAUAA